AUAUUUGUAGUCGCUGCCUGAUCCCCUCCUGUCCUACCGCUCCCUACACGUUCCUCCCGAUCGCCAGAGGAGCAAAAAAUGGCGGCCACACUCACCUCCGCUCUCUCCCUUGUCUCCUACUACUCCGCACCUUCCUCCUCCUCUUCGGCUGAAGUCCCCUUCAAAGCCAUAAAGUUCGCUUCUCGGCCUUUCCCCGUUCGCCGCCGCCGCCGUGCUGCCUUCCUCCGCCCGCCCGCCGCCGUAACCCCCAAGAUCGAAGAGCUUGGUACCCUUAUCUCCAACCUCACCCUAGAGGAGGCCAGGAGCCUCGUUGACCACCUCCAGGACCGCCUCGGUGUCUCCGCGGCCGCCUUCGCACCCGCCGCCAUUGCCGUUGCCCCAGGACCCGCUACCGACGCGGCUGCCGGAGGAGAGGCUGUGGUAGAGGAGAAGACCGAGUUCGACGUGGUCAUCGAGGAGGUCCCCAGCAACGCCAGGAUCGCCACCAUCAAGGUGGUUCGGGCGCUGACGAACCUGGCGCUGAAGGAGGCCAAGGACUUGAUCGAGGGGCUUCCGAAGAAGUUUAAGGAGGGCGCAACGAAGGAGGAGGCAGAAGAGGCCGAGAAGAAGCUCGAGGAAGUUGGGGCAAAGAUCUCGAUCGUAUGAGCUCGGAGGAAUCAAAAGACGAGGCGAAGGUUUCGUGCUUAGUGCCUGAAAAGAUCUUUUUGAGAAAUUUGCCAUUCUAGUAUCCGACGUAAAACAAAUGUUUUUGCUCCAAAGUAUGAAUGGCUAUGAAUGUUAUGUUCAACUAUAAGAUAUAUGCUGAUGGUGAUACAUUGCCAAGUCGAAACUACUUUUUGUGCCUGAAUUGUGUAGACUAUUGAUAGAUUCUUUUCUUGCGAAA